CAUGACUUACCUGUCUAGAAUUACUCACUCAAAACGUUCCAGUCUUUAAGUUAAAUUUAUUUUGUUCUCCUAAAUCCGAAAACUUUAAAAUUUAUGAAAAUAUAAAUAUGACAUCGAAAGUAUCGCGUGACAUGCUCUACAACGCUCUUAAGAACAUCUUGCAGGAUACUCAGGAUCAUGACCGCGACUGCCUUGAUGUCGUGGAACUGCAGAUUGGACUCAAUAACUACGAUAUUAACAAGGAUAAGCGAUUUUAUGGAAGUGUUCUUUUGAACCACAUCGCAGUGCCUCAACUGAACGUUUGCAUUUUCGGGGAUCAGCAGCAUUGCGAUGAGGCCAAGACCUUAGGCAUUCAAUGCCUCGAUGUGGAGGACCUCAAGAUGAUUAGCAAGAACCCAAAGUUAGUAAAGAAAAUAGCCAGAAAUUACGAUGCCUUCUUGGCCUCUGAGUCGCUGAUCAAACAGAUUCCCAUCUCAUUGGGUUCAGGACUGACCCACGCAGGAAAAUAUCUCAUUCCGCUGUCCCACAAGGAGUCGAUGAGGGCCAAAAUCACAAUACUGGCCACCAAAAAGACUCAAGUGAAGAAUAUUGAAUGCCUCUCCGUCAAUGUUGGGCACAUUGGCAUGCUAGUAGAGGAUCUAAUUCAAAAUCUAAACAUUUCAAUCAACUUUCUGGUCUCUCUGCUGAAGGAGAACUGGCAGAACGUGCGCUCACUUUAUGUAAAAUCAUCUAUGGGUCUGCCCCAGAGAAUCUAUUAAAGAAAUUUAAAUGUA